CCAAACCCAGCUCAGGGGAAUCCCAGGCCCAUCCCCGCCCCUGUGUCUCCUCUCACCCUCUCACCUGUCCCGGGUUCCAGGUGUGGCCAUGGAGGGGUUGCGGGGGAGAGGCCAUGAACCCCACUUUUCCCAGCGGAUCCUGGAGGAGCCUCCAGGGGAGGAGGAAGAACCAGGUGAGGAAGAACUUGGUGAAGAACCAGGUGAGGAAGAGGAACCAGGUGAGGAGGAAGAACCAGGUGAGGAAGAAGAACCAGGUGAGGAGGAAGAACCAGGUGAGGAGGAAGAACCAGGUGAGAAGGAAGAACUUGGUGAGGAAGAACCUGAUGAUGAACCAGGUGAGGAGGAACCAGGUGAGGAAGAAAUUGAAGAACCAGGUGAUGAAGAACCUGGUGAGGAAGAGCUUGAUGAGGACCCAGGGGAUGAAGAACCAGGUGAGGAAGAAGAAGAACCAGGUGACGAAGGCCAGGAGACCACUCAGGUGGCACCAGGAGGAGCCUCCUGCGCCCAGGUGAGGCCUCCAGGUGAGGCCUCAGCCCCUCCCCUGCGCCGGCGGAAGCCCCGCCUGUACCUGAACCCCCGGCGGCCCCGCCCCAGCCGGGAACACCUGGAGAGCCCCGAGGAACCUGGACCUUCCCACGGGAACCACCUGCAGGUGCUGUGGGGCCGCCCGGGUGAGCUGGGCCACCAGGUGAGCCCAGGUGAGCUGGGCCACGCGGGUGAGCUGGGCCCAGACGAGCUGAUCCCAGGUGAGCUGGGCCCAGGUGAGCUGAGCCCGGGCGAGCCCAGCCAGGCCUUCGUGCAGCUCAUCGACGAGCGCGGCGUCUACUCCACGGCCAAGCUGGUGCUGGGCGGGCGCGGCGCCGGCGCCGCGAGCCCCGCGGGCGAGGCGGAGUGGGCAGAGCCGCCGGGCGAGGAGGCGCCGGCGCCGCUGGAGAUCUGUCGGGUGAUCGUGGCCGAGAAGCCCUUCCAGUGCCCCGUGUGCCACAAGGGCUUCAAGCGGGCGUGGGAGCUGCUGAGCCACGAGGUCGUGCACACCGAGGCGCGGCCCUUCACCUGCCAGGCGUGCGGGGCCACCUUCAAGCGCCACUCGGACUUCAAGAGCCACGGGCUGGUGCACACCGAGGAGCGGCCGCACCGCUGCGACCUGUGCGGCAAGCGCUUCAAGCGCUCCUCCAACCUGCAGGAGCACCGGCGCAUCCACAGCGGGGAGCGCCCCUUCGCCUGCCCGCGCUGCCCCAAGGGCUUCAAGACGCCCUACGAGCGCCAGCGCCACGCCCUGACGCACCUGGGCGCCGACAAGCCCUUCCGCUGCGGCGACUGCGGCAAGGAGCUGGCGACGGGCGCGGCGCUGCAGCUGCACCGGCGGCAGCACUGCGAGGACAAGCCGCACGCCUGCGGCGUCUGCGGCAAGAGGUUCACCUACGGGCACUCGCUCAAGGUGCACGAGCGGGUGCACACCGGGGACCGGCCCUUCACCUGCGGCCUCUGCGGCAAGGGCUUCAAGCAGAGCAACGCGCUGGCGUCGCACGAGCGGGUGCACACGGGCGAGCGGCCCUUCGCCUGCCGCACCUGCGGCAAGGCCUUCAAGCAGUCGUCCUACCUGGCCAUCCACCAGCGCGCGCACACGGGCGAGCGGCCCUACGGCUGCGAGGCCUGCGGCAAGGCCUUCGCCCGGCCCUCGCUGCUGCUGCAGCACCGGCGCGUGCACAGCCAGGCCCGGCCCUACGAGUGCAGCUUCUGCCACAAGUUCUUCAAGGACCUCGCCUACCUGGGCGUGCACGAGAAGGUGCACACGGGGGAGACGCCCUACAAGUGCGGGGUGUGCGCCAAGGGCUUCGCCCACCCCUCCAACCUGCUGCAGCACCAGCGCGUGCACAGGGACACCUGAGCGCCCCGGGGCGGGGCGGCCGGGCCGGGGGCGCGCCCCAAAAAAGCCGGGGCGGACCCCAGAGAGCUGAUGGACCUGUGUCAGGACACCUGAGAGACAGGUGAAGGGGAGCCAGGAGAGGUGUGCACCCCGAGAACCUUCAGCAGCGACACCUGAACUGCGACACCUGAGAUACAGGUGAAGGGACCUUGUACCUGUGACCCAGGACAAGUCUGCACCCCAGAAACCUAUUGCGGACCCCAAAAACCUGCAGCAGCAACACCUGAACUGUGACACCUGAGCCCCAGGUGAGCGGAGCCUGGACCUGCACACCUGGACAGGUGUGGUCCCCAAAACCUGUAGCGCCUGAACCACGACACCUGAGCUGUGACAUCAUUGACACUGGACACGCCCCCAGGACCUGUGGGACCCCUGGCACACCUGAGGCCAGGUGUGCACACCUCACCUGAGCCCUCACCUGGAUUUUUGGGGUGGAACAGCCACACCUGGCGCCUCAGGUGCACCUGGGACUGGGCAAGUGCUCACCUGGAUCCUCCUUCCCGGAUUCCUCGAUCCCGGAUUUGUCCCCCUUUGGAUGGGACAACUCACCUGUGGGCACCUGGACUCACCUGUGGGCACCUAAGUCUCACCUGUGGGCACAUGGGGCUCACCUGAGUCUCACCUGUGCACACCUGGGACUCACCUGUCCCACCUGGGUGGUACCUGUAGUGCUGAGGGUGGGGUCUGGGCGCACCUGGGUGGGGCAUAUGCUAAUUAAAUGAUGGUUAAUUAAUGACA